AAAAUGCCGCGUUGAUCUGUUCAUGUCAACGGUUGAAUCGAAUCAAAUAAAUCUUUACGUAAAACAAAGUAUCGACAGUUUCUUCCACCCAGCGUAGUGUCGCCCACUAUCUUGCGGGAGUAAUCUGGGAAUGGAUACCGUUGGUGUGUGAUAAUCUAAUUAUUCAUAUGGUUGAGGUUGUCACCGUUCGUUAUGCGUUUGGUUCGUUUUUUGCAGAUAAUUGCAUUGGUUUUUCUAUUUAAAAGCACACACUUCUUUCCCGAAACGAUAUGUAACUGGGCGUAGCAAUCACAAUACUUUACUUAACUGUUUGUGCUGGUUGCAACUAACGUGUGGUCCGGUGCAUCGCGUGUCACGAUUUGUUUACACAUGAACCUCCCUUGGCUCCCGAAAUUUUUGUAUCGAAUGUGUGUGCAAAUAGCUUUUUGGUAUCCACCGAGGGGAAAUGCCAAGCAAUGAGGUUAAAAAGAGAACUUUUUUUUAAGGAGAGGGUAACAGAAAGGAUUGCUUCAAAAGCCAAAUAUGACUCGAUGUGUCUCAAGAAGAGGCUUCUUUCCCCCUACUCCCCUGGUUGAAAGCCGGCCGAUUUUCAUUUGUACGUGCCCACCACAUACGGACACCCGGCCACUGUGCGCUAUAACUAUAAAACCGCCGAGUUUCCAGCACAGUAGCAUCAUUCGUCGGUGUUCUGCAGUAAGACACAGGUCGAAUUUUAACCGAACCGUGUAGUAUCAGCAGCAUCAAGUGAACGAAAAACGUGUCUCUUAGUGUUUAUAUCGUAGUGAUCUCGACAGUUUACUUGGGUACUUACAGUUGAAUUACCUCCCAUCUCCCCAUUCAACCGUAAAUCAUAAUGAAGUCUUUCAUUGUGCUGUCUAUGGCGUUGGCGCUCGUUGCCGGAGCCACUGUCGAAGGUGGAAAAGUCAAGCGAGGUGCUUGGGACUUUGGUUCGGGUCAUGAAUCUUCCUUCAGCAGCGGUGAUUUUGGUGGGCAUGAUUUCGGUGGUCACAAGGAGGAGGUGAAACAUGUGACGAUCGUGAAGAAGGUACCAGUACCCUACCCAGUGGAGGUGACGAAACACGUGCCGGUAGAGGUUAAGGUUCCGUACCCCGUUGAGGUUGAGAAAAAGGUACCGGUCAUUGUGGAGAAGAAGGUGCCAGUUGUGGUUGAGAAGAAGGUACACAUUGAUCGUCCCGUGCCGUACCCGGUGAAGGUACCGGUAAAGGUGCCAGUCAUCCACAAGGAGUACGUCGAGGUGCCGAAACCAUACCCGGUCCAUAUUGAGAAGCCGAUACCGGUCUACAUUAAGAAGCCGGUGUACAUCGAAAAGACUGUUCCCGUGUCGAUCCACAUCAAAAAGAAGUCCCACUGGCACUAGGAGGUUCCCUUUUUUUUUGGGUGGUUAAGUUUUGUAAAUAAAUAGACUCACUAGAGACAGAUCGUGCAUGUCUGCUGAUAGACAUGGAAAAAUAUUUAAUUGCCUUUUUUGUAUUGCUUUUUGAGAAUGUUCAAAGAUGAUAUUAAUCAUCAUCAUCAUAAGAAAAAUAGUUUUAAAAAAUUAAGAAAAGUAAGGAAAGUUCGAGCUUUUCUUUGGAUACAUUUAUGUCAACUGAAUAAUAUUUAAAACAGUAGUAUUUUUUGCACCUAUUUCUGAGUAAUAAUCUAGGAAGGACAUUCCAUAGGGAAAGUAUUACAUAACAGAAAAAAGUCUCUUUGAAAGCCGUAUUCGGUUUGUUAUCGAACUGUUUAUUCAUACCAUACCGGCAUCGUUCCUCCGUUAGUGUAAACUUAGUAGCAUUUGUUGACCAUUUGCCAGUAAUAAUUUAUGCCGGUUGCCUCUGAUUGACUUUAAAUUUACAAUCCGUUGUAGGCUGGCCAUUAACCUGUCAAAUACCGACUAAAAACGCUCCCAUGUGCGAGAUAAUAACGUUCGAUCAUGUAAUAAUUACACACGGCCGGAGUAUCUGGUCACCUUUUCGGGUCAUCAGGCCAUUAGAUCGAGUGUGGAUGAAAGUGAAAAGUGUACGAGCAUCGCAACAAUUCUCCGCGGCGACGGUUACACGCUUCAUCUGAUCGCGUCCAUCGCAGCUAGAUCAGUAUUUGCGCAAUCCUCAGGUUGCAUUUAGACGACGAGAUGCUGCAACUCACGCUUUGCUUCUGUAUCUGCACAUUGGGCAAAUAAAGUACAAAGGAUGACGUUAAAAUUUAUGUUAAAAAUAUUACAAUGCAGUUUAAUGUAACAUAGAUGUUGC